CAACAACCCACCCACUCCUUGCAGGACCCUGUCCGCAAUAACACCAGCCAAGCCGCAGACGCAGGCACGCCAGGCACACGCGCUGUUUGUUAAAACUACUGCAGUCAGCGCUGCAAUCCCCCCAAGCAAUCAUAUUCGCGACAGCAUGUGUAAACACAUCCUCAACGCCCAGGUCGCUAUCCGCUCGCCGUGCUGCAAAAAAUGGUUUGACUGCGCAGAAUGCCACCAGGAAUCCGCCGACCAUCCCCUGCUGCAGAGCUUUGAUAUGACCUUCGCCUGCAAAAAGUGCAAAAAGUGCUUCCGGAAAGAUACGCGCGAGUUUGAGGAGAGCGACGAGUACUGCCCGCAUUGCGAUAACCACUUUGUCCUCGAGGCGAAAACGCCAAAGGCCUCGCUGCAGGUCGAGGGAGAGGAUGUCCGGGUAGAUUCAAGGAUGCUCAAGGACGACCGGAUUAAAGGUGAGGAGUUAAGGACAAUAUUUAAUGUCAAGGACGCGGCGGACCGCUUGGGAUGACGUUACCAAACCCACGAGAGUGUAUCACAUUAAUAGACUUGGCGGCGAGAAAGACCUGCGAAACAAGGGCUGCGCUCCAGAAU